CUCAGCCUGCUCGCACUGCACGCUUCAUCAAACGUCAUUAACGCCCGAUGGCUGAUACCGAGGCGAACUGGGAGGAGAUAGUCCGAAGAAAACGCCAAAUCCGAGCCGACGCGAUCCAAGAGCAUUCCCAGCACGAGUCCAAGGCAUCACGCGAGCAUGCCGUCGAAACCCCUUUCAGCCCCACAAGCACGCAGGCGGAAUCUGAGCGGGACUUCACGGACAUUGACCAUGUGGAGGAGAUCACAGCUGCCAUCCAGUCCGGAGAGGUCACAGCAGCUCGGCUGUGCAGAGCGUACAUAAAACGUCUUACCGAGAUCCUCUUCGACGAGGCCCUCAAUGCGGCCGAGGAGCUUGACUCUUAUUUUAGACAGCACGGGACGCUCGUGGGACCGCUUCACGGCGUUCCCAUGACUCUGAAGGACCAAUUCGACGUCAGAGGUUACGACAGUACGAUCGGCUAUGUUGGGCGAGCAUUCAAGCCAGCUGGCGAGGACGCCGUUUUGGUUGCCAUGCUGAAGAAGCUCGGGGCCGUGGUCAUUGCAAAGACAAACUUGCCGCAGAGCAUCAUGUGGUGUGAAACAGAAAAUCCACUGUGGGGAUUGACGACACACCCGGAGAACCCCGACUUCACCCCCGGGGGAUCUACUGGGGGCGAAUCUGCGUUGCUCUACAUGCACGGCUCUGUCGUCGGCUGGGGGACGGACAUCGGCGGGUCGAUCCGCAUUCCCACUCACAUGAUGGGCCUCUAUGGCCUAAAACCCAGUAGUACAAGACUGCCAUACCACGGCGUGCCGGUAUCUACCGAUGGCCAGGAGCAUGUGCCGUCUGUAGUUGGUCCGUUAAGCCGCUCUCUGCAGUCUCUCACGGCAGUUACGAAGGCAGUCAUCGAUACCUCACCCUGGAAGCUGGAUCCGAGGUGCUGUCCGUUGCCCUGGCGGACCGAUGUAUUUAUGGAAGUCCAAUCCAGACCGCUGGUGAUUGGGCUGAUGGAAGACGACGGCGUAGUCCGAGUACACCCUCCCAUAGCUCGGGUCCUGAAAGCAGUAGCUGCAAGACUCCAGGAAGCCGGCCAUGAGAUCAUUCCGUGGCAUCCAGGUAACCACCACCGUGAAUGUAUCGACAUUGUAGAUGCAUAUUACACUGCCGACGGUGGCGAAGACAUACGUCGAGACAUGCUCGUAGGCGGUGAGCCAUACAUCCCGCACGUUGCCGGUCUGGUGAACAAAGCACCAGCAGUCUCCGUCUACGAGUACUGGCAGCUGAACAAGCGGAAGUUCGCGGCCCAAAAGCGAUAUCUAGAUAAGUGGAACGCGGCCGUGUCGCCAAAGACAGGAAGAACUGUAGAUGUGUUGUUAACGCCAGUGAUGCCGCAUUCUGCGGUCAAGCACCGAGAAUGCAAAUGGCCAGGAUACACCAAGGUCUGGAAUCUCCUUGAUUACACCGCGCUCUCCCUCGCCGCUGGCGCUGUGUCGAAAGAGCUGGAUCCGUCAAUGGACUCUCUCUCGCCUUACGAGGCGAGAAAUGAUAUCGACAAGUGGAACUGGUCACUCUACAACCCUGAAGCAAUGGACGGGAUGAAGGUGAACGUGCAAAUCGUGGGAAGAAAGCUGGAAGAGGAGAAAGUGUUAGGGGUUGCGGCAGUGGUUGAGAAGCUGAUGAAUACGUGAUUUAGAGCCAUGCUUCUCUCCUACAUCGACUUAAACUGAAGUCCUACGUGAGCGCUCGUACUGACGAUGAAUUUGGAUCAUUCACAAGAUUCCUCAUGCGCAAAAGAAUACGUUCUGGUGCGGAGCGAAGAGCUUUAUAUGGAAUGACAUUGGAUGCCUUGACCUGAUCUCAGUUUACGCGCUGAUUCCCACACCGUGGAUUCGCCAUUGCAGAUGUGCAGAAAUUUGUGAU